AAAAACCCCUCAAUUAUUCAGAUGUAAAGCAUCGCGGAGAGGUGGCACUGGAGCUCAAGAUGCGCUAGUCGGCGCCUUAAGAGUAAAUUUCAGUAUUUGUGUGUUGUAGUGCGCAAUGAAGCCUCAACUCGUCAAACUUGAGGAGGAGCCCAUCUCUGUAGGAUCUAUCGAGCCCAUUAGGUUUCCAAAUCUCGGGCAAUAGAACUGAAACGGUGAAAGAACGAGUUAAGAUACAACUAUCGAGAAGAUCGGAAGGCGAAGAUGCGUUACUGAUCUGUUUUCUUUGAGCAGCGCCUCUGUAUGUAACAUCCAAAUGCGCACCGCACACGCAACAGCAGCUGAAAUCCAGCUAAGACGGUGCGGGGCAGAUUUACGAGAUCGCGUGAUCAAUUUUACACCCAAAUCCCACCAACUGCACUCUGAUCUGUGCAGGAUCUCAUGGGAGGUGUACAUUCUGUAAGACCUGUGUGCGUCUUUAUCCCCUGGCUUUAUGACCAAGCUUGGAAUGACUUUUCAUUUGCGUAAAACCAGUUUUACAGCCAGGCAACCCCUCCUCCCUCACCCCGUCUCUUUUUGUUUAAGCCCUCUCAAAUAUUCAUUAGACUAGCACUUAUUGAUCCGGCUUUGAAACCCAACUGAUUUCAACGUAACUCAUUCAGUCAGUUUUACAUUUUGGUAUUUAUUUAUUUAUUUAUUUUACUGUACAUUUGGAUUAGUGUUAGCGUCCUGCAAAGUCUGUAGUUCGUUAGGAAGUAGAGCCACUGUUGCGCGGAGGGAGGGAAGAUCUGUGCAGUCAAACAGAAGAAGCUGGAGAGGAAGAAAAGUAGGAAACCACCGCAGUCAUGCCCCGGAGUCUCAUUCAGCACCACUCGCUGGUGGACAGCGUCUGAGCGGCAGAGUUGACGGAGAAUCAAAAGAUCUUCUCAAACAUCUAAUCCGGAGAGAUACUUGCAGGCAUCAGAUUGUGUAGAAAGAGAAAAAAAACCCGCAUUUCCCUUUCCACUUCCCACCUCUCUUUCUGUUGUUUUCCCUAUCGCAAUCUGUGGGGGUUCACGAUGCAACAUUCAAACAGCGGGGGAGUCCAGAGCUGCUGACUGGAACUGGCUGGCAAAGACGCAAGAGGAAGAGGGGGAACCAAGCGGGAAAGGAGCACACAUUGCAGAACUUCUUUCUUCUCUACUUUCAGCUCACUUCAGCCAAGGGGGCUGAAAGGAACCCAAAGUGGACGCCACUGUGACAUUCUAUCAGCUUGGCACACCAAGAAGAAAGCCAAACAUAAUUGUGUGCUCCGGGAAAAACCAGAGAAGAGAGGCAAGCUUCCCAUCUUUGUUCUUGCCUUAUGAGAGCAGUCUCUGUAGACUCUGCUUCAGCACACUCUGUACUGUUUAGUUGCUGCAUGCAUCCUCCACUCUCAGGUGCAAGCAAGGACUAAAACACAAAGAGAGAAGAAAAGAAAGUAGAUAAACAGAAACGGCAUAAUUAGAGCUACUGACUUUGUGUCAGAGCAAGAAACCAUGAGAAGAGACUUUUGAAGACAACUGCACUCUGAAAAGCAUUGCAGCUAACCUCCAGGACAUUUUUAUGUGUGUGUGGGAUAUAUGUAUGAACGCCUCUGUCAUUUUCAAAGGAAUUGAAUUUGUAUUUGAAUGCAGAUUUAGCCUUUCAUUAUGACUCUACAAGGAGGCUUUGGGACACUGUGGAACGGUUUCCACAGAAGGGUUUUCAGCUGGCUCUUACUUCUUUGUUGUUGUCGUUUGAUCACCUCAGCAGCUAAGCCCAAAAUGCCAGGCCACACACACCUCAACUCAAUACGCAUCGAUGGAGAUAUAUCUCUGGGUGGACUUUUCCCUGUCCAUGCAAGAGGGAAUGAUGGCAAAGCCUGCGGAGAGCUAAAGAAGGAGAAAGGGAUCCAUAGGCUGGAGGCCAUGUUGUUUGCCCUGGAUCGUAUUAAUAACGACAAUGAGCUGCUGCCUAAUAUUACUCUGGGGGCCCGCAUCCUUGACACGUGCUCUCGGGACACCCAUGCUCUGGAACAGUCGCUGACAUUUGUCCAAGCAUUGAUUGAGAAGGACUCAACCGAUGUGAAGUGUCUCAGCGGAGGGCCACCCAUCAUUACCAAGCCAGAGAGAGUGGUUGGAGUGAUUGGUGCCUCCGCCAGCUCCGUGUCAAUCAUGGUAGCCAACAUUUUGCGGCUGUUUAAGAUCCCUCAAGUGAGUUAUGCUUCUACAGCCCCGGAACUGAGUGAUAACACACGCUAUGACUUCUUCUCCCGUGUGGUGCCCCCAGACACCUACCAGGCUCAGGCUAUGGUUGACAUCGUCAAAGCCAUGCGCUGGAAUUAUGUCUCCACUGUAGCUUCAGAGGGAAACUAUGGAGAAAGUGGCGUUGACGCAUUUAUUCAAAAAUCUAGAGAGGAUGGAGGAUUGUGCAUAUCCCAGUCAGUGAAAAUUCCACGUGAACCAAGAGUUGGAGAGUUCGACAAGAUCAUUCACCGGCUAAGUGAGAACACCAAUGCUCGAGUGGUUAUUAUCUUUGCCAAUGAGGACGACAUCAGGCGCCUACUUCAUGCAGCUAAAAGAGCCAAUCAAACAGGUCAUUUCAUCUGGGUAGGUUCCGAUAGCUGGGGUUCCAAAAGUGCUCCAAUCCUGAACCAAGAGGAAAUGGCAGAAGGUGCUGUUACCAUCCUACCAAAACGACAGUCCAUUAAAGGUUUUGAUCGGUACUUCAUCAGCCGAACAUUAGAGAACAACAGACGGAAUAUCUGGUUUGCAGAGUUUUGGGAGAACAACUUCCAGUGCAAGCUUAGUCGACAUGCUGUGAAGAAAGGAUCUGGCAUCAAAAAGUGUACAAAUCACGAGCGGAUUGGAAAAGAUUCAUCCUACGAACAGGAGGGGAAGGUCCAAUUCGUUAUAGAUGCUGUAUAUGCCAUGGCUCAUGCUCUCCAUAAUAUGCACAAAGACCUCUGUCCUGGAAAAGUUGGCCUCUGUCCCAAAAUGGACACCAUCAAUGGCACACUACUUCUCAAGUAUAUUCGCAAUGUUAACUUUACAGGAAUUGCUGGCACCCCUGUGGUCUUCAAUGUGAAUGGAGACGCUCCUGGUCGCUAUGAAAUCUACCAAUACCAGAUCAGCAGCAACAACACAGGAUACAAGAUCAUUGGGUACUGGACAGAUCAGCUCCACCUCAAUACUGAUGAGAUGCAAUGGCCUGGUGGAACUCAAGAAGUCCCAUCCUCCAUCUGCAGCCAGCCAUGCCGUCCUGGGCAGCGUAAGAAGACAGUGAAGGGGAUUCCCUGUUGUUGGCACUGCGAGAGUUGUGAUGGUUAUCAGUAUCAGGCAGACACUUACACCUGCAAGAUGUGCCGAUUUGAUUUGCGGCCCAAUGAGAACCACACUGGAUGUGUUCCUAUUCCCAUUGUCAAGCUGGAGUGGAGCUCUCCUUGGGCAGUCAUUCCUGUUUUGAUUGCAGUACUGGGCAUCAUAGCCACUUUGCUAGUGGUUGCUACGUUUGUUCGCUACAAUGACACUCCCAUUGUGAAGGCAUCAGGUCGAGAACUGAGUUAUGUCCUGUUAACGGGUAUCUUUUUGUGUUAUGCCACAACUUUCCUCAUGAUCUCCACCCCGGAUGUCUUUGUAUGCUCACUGCGCAGGAUUUUUCUUGGGCUGGGCAUGAGUAUAAGCUAUGCAGCACUGCUAACCAAGACAAAUCGGAUCUACAGGAUUUUUGAGCAGGGCAAGAUGUCUGUCAGUGCUCCUCGAUUCAUCUCUCCAGCCUCUCAGUUAGUCAUCACGUUCAGCUUGAUAUCGGUGCAGCUUCUCGGAGUUUGCAUCUGGUUCGGGGUCGAUCCUUCACAAGCCAUCAUCGACUAUGAGGACCAGCGUACAUCCAAUCCUGAAAUGUCCAGAGGUGUACUAAAGUGUGACAUAUCAGAUCUGUCUCUCAUCUGUCUGCUGGGUUAUAGCAUGCUUCUGAUGGUCACCUGCACAGUUUAUGCAAUCAAAACGAGAGGAGUUCCUGAGACAUUCAACGAGGCCAAGCCCAUUGGCUUCACCAUGUACACCACCUGCAUUGUUUGGUUGGCCUUCAUCCCCAUCUUUUUUGGAACUUCACAGUCAACAGAAAAGAUGUAUAUCCAGACAACAACCCUGACAAUCUCUGUCAGCCUCAGUGCAUCGGUUUCCCUGGGAAUGCUCUACAUGCCGAAGGUCUAUGUGGUUCUCUUUCAUCCAGAGCAGAAUGUGCCCAAGCGCAAGCGCAGCCUGAAGGCCGUGGUCACUGCAGCCACCAUGUCGAACAAGUUCAACCCCAAAGGAGGCCUGAGGCCAAAUGGAGAGGCCAAGUCUGAACUCUGUGAAAGUCUGGAAACACAAGACUGUAUUGAGGGAGGGGACCCUUGUGAGGGACUUUAGACUCCCAGUGCUGGCCUCGAAGCAGACAUACAUAAGUUACAGCAAUCAUGCCAUCUAAGACGGAGACAAAUCCUGAGACAGGAGCAAAGGUCUGCAGGGGGAGGAAUCACCUGUUUUUAAGGGAUAACUGGAAUUUUGAUGGAGAACUUUGAUGCUUCUGCAAAACAAAGGACUGGGAAAGAUUCAUGGAAAUUACUCAUUCAAAAAAGGAUGCCAUAUUUUUCUAGGGAAUAAGGCUUGAAUGCCAGAUUAAUAUU